AUGGAGGAAGCACCCUCUUAUGCUACAUGUGUUUCAGUACCAAAUGUUCAAGAAAUGGUGAGGAAGAACCCUUUGCAGGUUCCUAAAAGAUAUGUGAGGAGUGAAGGGGAAGUGGAGAGAGGGAACUAUAUGUCUCACCUUUCAUCUGAGAUCCCAGUCAUUGAUUUUACAUUGCUUUCAAGUGGAAACAAGGAGGAGUUCUUGAAACUGGACAUGGCAGUGAAGAAGUGGGGUUUCUUUCAGAUUGUGAAUCAUGGCUUGCCAAAAGAGCUAAUGCAGAAAAUAAAGAAUGUAACAGAUGAGUUUUUCAAACUUCCAAUAGAAGAGAAGGAAAAGUGGAAAAUGCCCCCAGAUGACAUCCAAGAUUAUGGACAUACUUUUGUUGUUUCUGAGGAACAAGUACUUGACUGGUGCAAUCAACUGAUUUUACUUGUUUACCCCACUAAGUUCAGGAAGCUUCAAUUUUGGCCAGAAACCCAUAGGGAUUCAAGUUGGGAUAUAAUAGAGGCAUAUUCAAGUGAAAUUAAACGAAUUGGUGAACAACUUGUAUGUUCUUUGUCUGUGAUCAUGGGGUUGGAGAAGCAUGAUCUUCUUGGACUACAUAAAGAAUUACUUCAAGGUUUACGUGUGAACUAUUACCCUCCUUGCAACACACCUGAGCAAGUAAUAGGUUUGACUUCACACUCUGAUCCAUGCACCAUUUCCUUGGUUAUGCAAGAUGAUGAUAUAACUGCGUUAGAAAUUAGAUACAAAGGAAGUUGGGUACCAGUGAAUCCAAUACCUGAUGCUCUAGUUGUCAAUGUUGGAGAUGUAAUAGAGAUAUGGAGUAAUGGCAAAUACAAAAGUGUAGAACACAGAGCAAUGACAAAUAAAAACAAGAGAAAGACUUCUCAUGUAACAUUCUUGUUCCCACGGGAUGAUGCAGAAGUUGGUCCCUUUGAUCAUAUGAUAGAUGCCGAUAACCCCAAGCAGUACCAGAAAGUCAACUAUGGAGAAUAUUUGAGGUUUAGCCUCAAUAGGGAAUUGGAGGGAAAAACUCAAACUGAAACUGCAAAGAUAACGGAAUAGCGGAUAAACAAAGUAAAGAA